UCGUCAACGCGAUUGGUUUGGUGGGUCGAUGUGGACAUUCCACUUCCACUCCCACAAGUCAGAACUCCACGAACCUAGGAAUGCGGCUGACGAAGCUUACAUACAAUAUCUUAGUAUAACAUUAGUUAAGCAGUGAAGAGACAUCAUGGGAAUACCAAAGAGUCUACAAGGAAAGACCGUUUUCGUUACAGGGGGUUCCGGGGGACUGGGUAAAGCAAUAUCCAAGGAGUUAGCCGCACGAGGUGCCCACAUUACAAUAUUUGCCCGUAGAGAAGGCCCUCUUGAAGAGGCAAAAAAGGACAUACUUGCUGCUCGCCUGAGCGAGGACCAGGAAAUCAAUGCAGUAUCUCUAGAUCUCGCCGAUGCUUCAAACGUCGAUGAAGCAUUCAGAGCCCAGCCUCGAAUCGCAGACAUAUUGUAUUGCUCUGCUGGAGGGAAUCACGCCGAGAACGGCUUUCUUGCGGACAUUGAAGCUAAGGAUCUUGACAAUUGCAUGAAAAACAACUAUUAUUCAUCCGCCUAUGCUGCCAAGUCGAUUAUUGACAUAUGGACUGCGGAUGACAAGAAAGGGCCAUCCGAAAGUGCCAAACCUCAACUUCGCCAGAUCAUCUUCAUCAACAGUGCUGCCGCAUUUCUCGGAAUACCAGGCUCUAUCGCCUAUACGCCCGCGAAAUGUGCCGUCCGUGCUUUAGCGGACACCCUGAGAAUGGAAGUUCUACGAUAUAACUGCCCGGCUUCAACCUAUACUAUCCACAUCGCUUUCCCGGCCGACUUCGUCUCUCCCGGAUUCGUCCUAGAGCAGAAAACGAAGACGCCGCUGACAAAGCGUAUCCAAGGUUUGGAUCGCCCCUUUGAAGAACUCGAGGGCCGCUUUCCAUCGUCCGAGAAAGUUGCUUCUCUCGUUAUCGCGGCGGUGGAUAGGGGCGACUUCAUCAUCUGCGAGGACUCGUUUUCUGCGUCGGCUCUCUUUACUAAUAUGACUGGGCCCUCGCCGAAGAGAGGCCUUGGGAUUGUGGAUUCUAUAUUGGGUCUACUGGUGGGAUGGGUCGUUUGGCCGGUCUUGCGGAGGAGGUGGGAGGCUAUGUGCACGGAGGAUGGCGAAAAUUCUAGGAAACAAGCAUAACGAAACCCAUGAUAUUUUACAUUUGUUUUGUUCAUCACAUGCAGUUGAUACCAAGAUAGGUACUUGGUGUUAAUAAAAGGAAUGUCUCUUGUUUCUAGAACCACUUGAAAACGAAGGCUAUUAGUUGUGAAAGGAAUUCUUCACAUCGCUAUAAAAAUCAGGUAGGUAGAUGUAGAAAAAAGUGAUUCAUUGAUGUUAAUAUUUUAAUUAUACUGUAAUGUAAAACUCGUAUCUUCUAUAAUUAUAGGCAUUGCAGGUAGCACUUAUUAACU